ACUACUCGUGACGUUUCCACAUCAAGGUUAUUUUUGAUCAAUCCAGAUGUGCGCGUGGGAAAUGUGUACACGCGCGCAUGCAUCAGGCCCAACAGUGGAGCUAUACCGUGCAAUUAACGACGCAUGCAUGCGGGAAGACACGCGUUUGAAGUAGCUAAGAAUCGCCCUCGUCCUGUAUCGCCGCUGUGCCGGACAUGUGGCGCACUGGCUGAGCUUUGCUGCGCUGUUGCUUCUCGCUCGAUGAAUGAAGGCGCGUCACUGCGCUGCUUCAUCAACAUGGCGGUCAGCGCGCAGCUCUCUCUCCGCGCGCCGCGCACGGACGCCUGAGCAGCCGCACUUUCACCCGCGAGCAUGUGCGGACCGACGUGUGUUUGCGUACGGCUCGGUUCUGCUGUCGGCAUGAUCACCGACAACCGCUAAAAUCACAGCUUUUGAUGAUCUGGCCUCGGAUGAGGGCCGUCACGGGAACCUCGGGCUGGAUUUGAGAAGCGGCGCAUAAACAGGUUGUGCAGGGUGUACAAUGUUUGGUUGUGUGCCAGAGGAGGACGAGGCUGAGCUCUCUGUCUAGUGUGGCUGAGAGCACAGUGCCGUGAUGCUGUGCUGUGGCCGAGCCCUGGACUCUCCCUGUACUCUAGCUCUGCUGAUAGGCUUCCAGUUUGCAUUUGUACUCUAUUUCUCCUUGGGAGGCUUCCGUGGCCUUGUCUCUGUGCUGGUGCACUCCUCGGAACCUGAAUUUGACUACUCUCGGCCGCAUGACGUCUACACCAACCUCAGCCAGCUCGGUGCCCUGCUGCCCCCUCACCCCAGCAGACCUGAGCAGCAGCUCAGGGGCUGCUUGCUACCAUCACCACUGCUUGUGGGUCCUGUGUCGGUGCACCUGUCCUCCCCCUUAUCCCUGGAGGAAAUAAAAGAGAAGAACCCUCUGGUGACACCAGGAGGCCAUUACCGUCCUCCAGACUGUGAACCUAGGCACCACACUGCUAUCGUGGUCCCCUACCGGAACCGGCAGAGCCACCUGCGAGCACUCCUCUACCAUCUGCACCCCUUCCUGCAGAGACAGCAGAUACACUAUGGCAUCUACAUUGUACACCAGUCAGGAAACUCAACAUUUAACCGCGCAAAACUACUGAACGUGGGUGUUCGGGAAGCUCUGAAGGAGGAGGAUUGGGGUUGUAUCUUCCUCCAUGAUGUGGACCUGCUUCCAGAAAAUGACCACAACAUCUACACUUGCCACCCACAGUACCCCACGCACCUCUCUGUGGCUAUGGACAAGUUCAGAUACAGACUUCCAUACCCUCAAUAUUUUGGUGGAGUCUCUGCGAUCACUCCAGACCAGUAUCUCAAGAUGAAUGGCUUCCCAAAUCAGUACUGGGGCUGGGGAGGAGAGGAUGAUGACAUUGCUGCACGAGUCCGUCUAUCUGGGAUGAAGAUAGUGCGCCCUCCUGUGGCUGUCGGCCAUUAUAAGAUGAUUAAGCAUAAGGGGGACAGGGGGAAUGAGCAGAACCCCAGAAGGUUUGACUUGUUGAAGCACACCAGAUUAAACUGGAGAUCAGACGGACUCAACUCGCUCACUUAUGAGCUCCUGUCCAAAGCUUUAGAGCCACUGUACACCAAUCUGAGCGUCAACAUUGGGGAGGAUCCUCAACCUCCUCCUAAAAAGCCUGCACUCCCAAAAAAUGCUUCUUAUCCUGCUGCGAGACCCAACAACAGAGACAGAGACAAGGGAACACUGGAAAAGCAGUCCACUCAAUCUGUCAAAUUAGAGGAGGGUCACCUAAAAGUAACCAACAGGAGUUUAGACGUUGGUCAGAAAGCUGCCAUGAAACAGUGAAUUAUUUGAUGACAUUGACAUAGUCCAUAAAGCAGUUGGCAUGACCAAUGAAUUUUGUACUGUGCCAGUUUGCUUUGUUUCCUCUUUAAUAUCAUUAAGUUUUGCACUGAGGUGAGCUUGCAGGUAAGUUGCAGUUAUUGCACUGAAUGUCUACACUGGCAUGGUGUCAUUUGCACAGACCUCUGCUGUCCCUUUUCCUGACGAUCUCCUUGCCACGGAACUCAUUCGAGUGUGAUCUGAGCUAAGCAUUAAUGAAAAUGAUGUGCUCACAUGUAAUUGUGCUGUAGAGACAUUUGCACCAGAGCUAGUCCUGUGUGCUUAUCCAGCCAGCCUGUGGGUCAUGUCUCUUUGUGCCUUUUCUCACUCUAAAAUCAGUUUUUGGUUACAUAUGUUCUUAAUCUCAAAGACAAGUAUAUUAAUGCACUCUUGUGUAUCAGAGUAGUAGGCUACUUAAUGCUUUCAAUACCGGCUGCUCUUAUUUCUCAUCACCAUGCAGCUUUGUGAGCUUGUGCUUGAGCAGACUCUUAUCACUGUGUUCUAUUUUUGGUCUUGCUAUGGAAGUGUGCCGCUCAUUGUGUUUGCACAGGUUUGUGUUUUUACAUUUUUAGUUUUAAAUUAAUCUAAAAGUACUUUUCUUAGGGGGUCAAAAAAAAAACAACUUAUGUUCAAGUAUAAUCAGGAAUAUCCAUUUUUUGUCAAAUGACUUUUUGGUUAGACAAUCAUAAGUAUAAGCUAAAUAGCUGACAAAUCAACCAUUUCAGCUUUUUUAUGUAUUUAUUUUAGCAUUAUAACAUAUAAUAGUGAGUUAGAUAUUUUAUAAUAGAUUUGUUAAAGUGAUAGAGUUAUAGUUUGGUACACUAUUUAAUUGCGGGUCUCAAGGAAAGUCUUGCCGCAUUUAAUUAAUUAUCGUUGCAAUAGCAGAAAUUUGCCAUGUGCAAAAAUGACACAUUUCUAAUUUUUAAAAAAAUUCUCCCUGGUACUAAACACACUAAUGAGGAUGGAUUUUCAAAUAUUAAACUGUGUAAUCUAUUUCUGUUGUGAACCUUAACACUGCUGUGAAAUGGUCGGUGUUUUAGAUGUGCUGUCUUCUCACAGAGGGUAAUGUAUAUAGCACAUUUUAAGUUUUUUUUUUAAUAAUUGUAUCUGGCAAUAUCAGAAAAGUGAUUAUUUGAAUGUACUCUAUUCCAACUAUGUUGGUAAUGAUCUCCCUCUCCCUCUCUCUCUCCAUGCUCCACCCCCUCCUCAAUUUGAAGCUACCAGUCUUUUACUUAAAUACACCGAACAGCGAUAAAAUUAAAACCCAAAACAUUAAGCCCAGCAUUGUGUAGGUUCACCUACCUGGCCCCUCAGGGUAUGAUUUCCCAAGACCUCUGGGUGCGCUGUGUAGUCUGGCACCAUGAUGUUACCGACAGAUCCUUUGGGCACUGUGGGUUUUUAUGGGCACUCCAUGGAUUAGGCUUAUUUGUCUGGUGCAUUCCAUGGAUUGUUGUUCGGAAUUAGAUCUGGGUAAUCUUUGCCUGCUGGGUAAUCUUAGCCUGCUAAGCCCCAUACAUGGCAGGCUGUGAUUCAGUGGGUGUUCUGAUACAUUUCUAUCUUGGCCACCAUUUUUUUUUUUUCAGCUAUUCAUGCUUUUCUGUGGGAUCAGACAAGACAGGCUAGACUUUGCUCCACACAUGCAUAAAUAAGCCUUGGAUGGCCAUGACCCUGUCACCAGUUUACAGGUAUAUCAUUAAUAACCAAUGUUAUUCAGUUCACCUGUGAGCAUUGUAGCUGAUCUUUGUAUAAAGUAAUGUAAGAAAGACCUGCAUAUAGACCUUAAACAAUGAGUUAACAUACCUAUUUUUUUUUUUUAUUAUUAAAGUACAGGCAAUUAGGUACUUUAACUUUACAGUAUAGGAAAUUAGAUAUACCUGUGAUGAACCUAAUAUUAAUUUAUUUAUCAGCACAGUCUAUUAAGUGACUUAAACAGAAUUACCUAUAGUCUCUUUAUCUUUAUGUGUAUGAAUAGGUACACACAUCUUACCUUAUUAGCAUGUGUCCCAAAAACCUCUUUCUUUAUACCAUAUUUGCAAGACACUAAUAUAUUUAUUUAAUACAGUAGUUUUGUACGAGAUGUUUAGUAAUAGAUAUUGCAGUAUACAGUAUAAUAACUAAGAGCAUCAUGGUCUCACAACAAAUUUCCCAGUUCUUUAAAGUUGUGACUUUUUUUUUAUUAUUAUUAAAUCACAUAUCUGUACGAGUCCAUAUCAUCUAGAGCAAUCUGUUCUAUUCUGUAGGCAAUUUCACAAAAGGAACCUUAAUAAUAGAGUAUCAAAAUGUCCAGAAGCAUUUCACUUGUCACAGCUCCUAAAGAUUUAAUCUCAGUAUAUAUCAGUGCAGCUCGAGGAUAGAGACGCUGCACAUUGUAAUAAUUUAAAGUAUGAUCUUGAUUGUACUAUAAUCAGCAGACUGCUGGUUUGAAGCUUUGACAAGGACCCUUGAGUACUGCUACUGGUGACAUCUCCACAUUCCCAUGGAUUAUUAUAGCUGCUGGUAGCAUUACAUCAUUUGCUUCUGGGCAUUACAGCGAUUUACCGAUGACUAGUGACAUUAGUUGAUGUUCUGUUCCUGAAGGAUUACAGGUGUGCUAAUGCUUUAUGUAAUACAUUUCCAUUCAUCAUAUAAAUUAUAUAGCUAAAUAAAUUACGUUGGCAGAUUAAAUGGAAUACUUGCUAUUUUUAUGACAAUGUCGAACGUUAAACAUCCAAUUUGUUUUGGUUUUAUGUCUCAAAUUUAUUUACAUUUUUUUUCACCUUACUUUUUAUGUUUGCUUGUUACUUCCAUUUAUGAUUUAUGGUAACUAUUUCUCAACAGUUGGAUAUCACAUCUGUUUGUUGCAGAUCUUGUGAUGGUUUUCUGAUCCUGUUCACUUCUCACCCAACUGCUCACUUCUUCAUCACAAAAAGCAUGCAGGAUGCUUAUAUUAAAGACCGGAGUAUGUAUACAGGUGCAUCUCAUUAAAUCAGAAUAUCAUCUAAAAA